AUGUGGCCUUUCACGUCGUCGUGCCUCGCCACGGCCGACGCCUGCUCGGCGCCCUCGCGCCGCGCCGUGACACUCUCGACGGUGGUGUCGCUGGCCCCAUUCGCGUGCUGCUUCGCGCUGGUGGCGAUACUGGCGGCGCGACACGUCUUCCCGCGGCUGGGCGCCGGCCACGACGCCUUCCGCGACGGUGAGGACCACGUCCUCCCUGCGCACGCACCCGCGUCACUGCGCCAGGCCCACGCCGAGCACGGCCGCAAGAGCUGGGCCAGAAGGGGCGCCGCCUGGGCGUUUGGCGCGACGGUCGGGCUGGCGGCCGCGCUGGGCAUGCUGAUACUCGCCGAGAUUGCGACAGCAGGCGCUGGCGCCUCGAAUGGGGGCGGAGGCGUGCACGGCAGGGAGCUGGCAAAGGGCGAGGCCGUCGUGGUGCCUGCGCUGCUGGCCAUGCUGGUGGCGGUGGUGCCGUGGAUGGAGUGUCGCGCGCUGGUGAGCGGCAUGGGCUGGAGCUUCCAGCGGACGAGCAAGGGCAGGGUCCCGAAGGUCGCGUGGGCGCUGCAGGCACUUCUGUUUGGCGGCUGGCUGUUUGCCUUUUGGUCCGUCGGCAGGGUCGUCCCCGAGUCUGCCGUCCGGCAGCAGCCGGUCAAGUCGCUUGCCAGGUCGACCAUUGGCCGGAUGCUGGGGCGCAAGGGUGAUGACGAUGAGGUCGGGUUUGUGGAGAUGCUGACGCGGGCGUGCCUCGAGCGCGUAGGGGUGGUGGGCAUCGCGCUCAUGGCGCUGCUGGCGGGCUUUGCCUCCGUGUCGGCCCCGUGGCACACCUUCAUCGACACGCCGGGGCGCAGAGGGCGGCCCGUGACCGAGGCCGAUGUCAACCGCAAGCAGGCCGGGCUGGAUGCAACGAGCGAGAUGCUCCUUACGAAGCGGCACCGGCUGCAGCAGCUGGAGCGCCGCGCCGCCGAGACGGCAGGCGCCACGUCGUCGACGUCGACAUCAUCGGGCGGGCUGGUCGGCAAGGUCAUGGGCGGCAUCAGCAUGAUGCGCGGAGUCGUGUCGGCGGAAGAGUCCGAGAUGCGCCAGCUGCGCGUCGAGAUUGCCGGGCUCGAAGACAUGGAGGCGAACCUGGCAUCUAACGUGGAGGUCAUCAAGGGCCACCGUGCGGCGGCACAGCGGGCGUCUACCGUCCUGGGCCGGCUGACGCUUAUUCCAGCGUACAUCUUCAGCGUGUACUGCGUGUACCGCGUGCUGGCGACGUGCCUGACGACGGCACGGCGGGCUUCUUCAUCAUGGUGGUCGGCCGGCUCUCUCUCCUCCUCGGCCGGCCACAACGCCGGGGACUAUCUGGACCCUGCGAGCGGCGGCAGCAGCUUCUCGAGCAGCGACCCGGUGAGCCGGUUCCUGGGCCUGCUGGCACGGCACUGGGACCCGCAGCUGGACCAGCUGGCGUGGGCACGGGCGGCGAGCUUCGCCCUGAGCGGCUUCAUGCUGGUGGCGUCGGCGCGGAGCGCGGCGCAGACGUUCCACCUCCUGGCGCGGUGGAUGCCCGCGGCGGUGCUGCGCCAGGCGCGCGCGCACCUGGCGCUGGCGACGGGCGAGGUGGCGGGCGCGUACGUGGUGUCGGCGGGCUGGCUGCUGAGGGGCCAGCUGCCGCGCGAGGCGGGCGGGCGGGGGCUCGAGGGCAUGCUCGGGGGCGGCGCCGCCUCGGUGCAGUCUGCGGGCGGCGGUGGUGGUGGUGGUGCAGGCGGAGGGCAGCACGGUCGGCAGCCGUCGCUGCGGCCGGGCUUCGUGGACGGCUGGUUCGAGGGCUGGUUCCUGCUGGGCGCGGGGGCGACGCUGCUGGGCGUGUGGGUGGCGAGGAGGGUGAGGGGGGGUGGUAGUGGUCCAGGGGGGUUGGGAGGCGAGGAGGACGAGUGGGAUGACUAUGGGGGGGAGGAGAUGGCGAAGCGGAGUGAUUGA